GUUAGAUGACUGGCUCCCGAUCACCUCCUCGAGGAACGCCAAGUGGUGGUACUCCGCGUUUCACAAUGUCACCGCCAUGGUCGGAGCCGGCGUCCUCAGCCUGCCGUACGCCAUGUCCGAGCUCGGCUGGGGCCCUGGCAUCGCGGCGCUGCUCCUGUCGUGGAUCAUCACGCUCUACACGCUGUGGCAGAUGGUGGAGAUGCACGAGGCGGUGCCGGGGACGAGGUUCGACCGGUACCACGAGCUCGGGCAGCACGCCUUCGGCGACAAGCUCGGGCUCUGGAUCGUCGUGCCGCAGCAGCUCGUCGUCGAGGUUGGCCUCAACAUCGUCUACAUGCUCACCGGCGGCAUGUCGCUCCAGAAGUUCCACGAGAUCGUCUGCAAAGACAGGAACUGCAAGGACAUCAAGCUCACCUACUUCACCAUGAUCUUCGCCUCUGUCCAGUUCGUCCUCUCCCAGCUCCCCAACUUCGACGCCAUCUCCACCAUCUCCCUCGCCGCCGCCAUCAUGUCAAUCUGCUACUCGACGAUUGCUUGGGGGGCUUCCUUGGACAGUGGAUGGAAGGCGGCGGGGCAAGUGAACUACCACCUGCGCAAGACGUCGGCGGCGGGGAAGGUGUUCGGCUUCUUCGAGGCGCUGGGGGUCGUGGCCUUCGCGUACGCCGGCCACAACGUCGUGCUGGAGAUCCAGGCGGCCAUCCCGUCCACGCCGGAGAUGCCGUCCAAGAAACCCAUGUGGAAGGGCGUGGUCGUCGCCUACGUCAUCAUCGCCCUCCACUACUUCCCCGUCGCGCUCGUCUGCUACUGGGCCUUCGGCAACACCGUCAAUGAGAACAUCCUCAUCACCCUCGACAAGCCCAAGUGGCUCAUUGCCACCGCCAACAUGAUGGUCGUCCUCCAUGUCGUCGGAAGCUACCAGGUUUACGCCAUGCCCGUGUUCGACAUGAUCGAGAUGGUGCUCGUCAAGAAGCUGCGCUUCCCUCCCGGCCUGCCCGUCCGUUUGGUUGCCCGGACCGCCUAUGUUGCGUUCACAAUGUUCAUAGCCAUCACCUUCCCCUUCUUCGGUGGGCUGCUUGGAUUCUUUGGCGGAUUCGCGUUCGCACCGACGACUUAUUUUCUUCCCUGCAUCAUGUGGCUGGCAAUCCACAAGCCCAAAAGAUUCAGCCUCUCAUGGUGCACUAACUGGAUCUGCAUCGUCCUUGGAUUCAUGCUUAUGAUACUAUCGCCCAUCGGAGGACUCUGGCGGAUUAUACAGAAAGCCAAGGAUUACCAUUUCUACUCGUAGAUUCUAGACUAGUAUACUACAUGUAAUCCCGCAUAUAGUUACAUAUAUGCUUGACAUAUG